AUGGCCAAACCUCUAACGAGGGAUCAUUUUCCAAGUAUCUCUUUCUCUGGUCUAGGAUGGCUCAAGAUCAACGGCAAUGACAAGAAAUUGUUCGUUCAACGAGUGGUAGUACUUGUACUGAUCGUUGUGUUAUUGGUACUGAUCUCUUCAUUUGAGUCCGUCCUCGGAAGUAAAAGUGUUACUGUUUCAACCAACAAAGAGGCUGAUUGGAAAAGAAAAUUUCCUUCCUACAAUGCUGAUCUCGAGCCUACCUAUGCUCAAGGAUCAUCUGAUAUCAUCUCCGGAGAUUAUCCAAUCAUUAAUGCAUAUAUUUUAGCUCAUUCUCAUUGCGACCCUGGAUGGCUGGAGACAGUUGAUUUUUAUUCGAAAUAUAAUGUUUCUCUCAUUUUGGGCAAUGUGAUCAAGUAUUUAAGUCAAGAUCCAACGAAGAGAUUUGUUUGGUCUGAAUCUGUAUUUUUAGAAAUGUGGUGGAGAAAUAAUGCAACACAGGCACAACGAGAUGCUUUUGUGAAUUUGGUCAACAAGAAGCAAAUUGAAAUUGUGAAUGGGGGAUGGGUGAUGAAUGAUGAAGCUCUUCCAACUUAUGAGUCCAUGAUAGAUCAGAUGACUCAAGGACAUCAAUUUGUUAAACAAAAUAUUGGAGUGACACCUGUGGUUGUCGGUUGGCAAAUUGAUCCAUUUGGAGCAUCAAGAACAUUUGCUUAUUUACUCACACAAAUGGGUUUUAAAGAGUGGACGUACAUUAUUGAAAAGCGCUUUGAAUUUAAUUGGUGCCCUUCAAAAUCGGAUCCUACUGCUUGUAUUUUCACACAUGUUCUUGAUCAUCACUACUCUGCUCCUGAAAUUUGUUUUGACAAUGGUGAAUGUACUGGAUUUGAUUUCGAGGGUGAUCCAACUGUCAAUCCUCCCAUCACUCCUCAGAACAUUGAUGAACGAGCAUCAUUGUUAGUGAGCUAUAUCAAAAAUGUUACAAAUAAGAGUUACCGGACUAAUAACUUUUUAAUACCGUUUGGUAAUGAUUUUAGAUUCCAAAAAGCCAAUCUCAUGUGGGACAAUAUGGACAAAUUAAUUUCAUACAUCAAUAGCAAUUUUAAUCGGUUUCAGAUUCAUAUAAGAUACUCCACAUUGAGUGAAUAUUUCCAAAGUGUGACAAACAAUGCACCCAUAGAAUCAUUUCCUCUUAAAACAUAUAACAAUGAAUUUGGAUAUAGCGACUACUUCCCCUAUGAUACUUGUUGGGGAAGUGAUCAUGAUCAGUUCGGAAAUUGUAACGGAUACUGGUCUGGAUAUUUCACAUCUGAACCUCAAUUCAAAGCUGUUAUACGUGAGGGAGAAAGAUUUUUGAGAAAUUGUGAAUUCAUUUACACUAUCUGCCAAGCUGAAAUGUAUAAGGUUGAAGCCUAUCUCAACCAGAAUAUUGCUCAAACAAUGCAAGAAGCAGAAGAAGCCCUACAAGGACUUCGAAAUGGUCUUGCUCUUGCGCUUCACCACGAUGCAAUUACAGGAACAGAGAAAAGAUUUGUUUUGAAGAAUUACACAGAUAUCAUUCAGAACGCCACAGAAAUUGUGAAAAAUAAGACUUCAACAUUGUUCGAUUACAUUUCCGUGAAAUCUACUGCUACUCGCAACAAAUUGAACGCCACUCUUGGAGAGACUCACAUUCUUAACGACAUGAACCAAAUUUACUCAAUGGCACUAUUCAACUCGCUCGCUUGGACUGUUCAAGAAUAUGUUUCAGUUUUAGUGAAAAGUAAGAAUGCCAUGGUAUUUAUCAUUGACGACGAAACUGGAAAUUUAUUAGAUGUUGAAUCUCAAGUGGUAGAGGACGUUAAUUCCAAUUUACAUUUACAUUUCAGAGUUGCUUUACCUCCUGUUGGAUAUGUAACUGUUUUUAUCAUGCAACAACCGACGAAACUUUCCAACGUUGAGAAAGCUACCUCUUCUUACCAGAAUUACAACAACACCAUCCUCAUGGAAAAUAACUUUGUGAGUGUUGCUUUUGAGCUUUCGAAUGGCAAGCUGCCAUAUCUUCUCAAGAGCGUGACAAACAAGUUGACAGGUGUCAGUACUCAACUUUCACAACAAAUCAUGCAAUAUACUUCAUUCGGUGAUGGAGCAUAUAUUUUCAGACCAUUAGGAGAAGCUUCUGCUCUUCAGUUCGAAGACGCCUAUCUCGAUUGCAAAUUCUCACAAGGAAAUGUUGUUCAAAUAUUAAGCCAAAGAUACACCAAUAAUGUCACACAAACAUUCAUUCUCUACAAUGAAAACGAAUAUGCAGAGCAGGGUUUAUCUUUUGAUGUGAUUACGAGUGUGCAGACACCUGACAAUCAAGAACAAAUUCUUCGAUUUUCAAUGGAAAACACACAAACUCAGUUAUAUACCGAUAGUAAUGGAUUUGAAAUGAUCGAACGACCCUUCCAACCUGUGAAAUUUAAUGACACUUCUCUGUACAAUAGAAUUAGUGGAAAUUAUUUCCCGCUGGUGGAGUCUGCCUUUGUGAAAGGAAACAAUAUUCAAUUAACUCUCUUCACAAAACAAGCAAUGGGAGUUUCCAGUCUUUCUAAUGGAUCUAUUGAAGUCAUGUUAAAUAGAAAUACAUUAACAGAUGAUGACAGAGGUCUGGCUGAAAAUCUCAAUGUCACGCAAGUCAUUACCAUUCCAUUACGAGUUUUGCUUGCCAAUCCUUAUGAAUCCAAUAAUUUUAGACCUAAAAUUGCCAAACUGUUCAAUCAUCCAGCGUUAAAGAUUGUUUCAAAAUCCGUCUCUAUUGCCACCAACGUUGCUUCUAUUACAAGACAUGAUAUUGAACAAGCGAUUGGAGGUUUUACUUUACAAUAUCAUGUGAAUCAGAGAUUUGUGGAUGCUCUCCCAUCGAAUGUACAUUUAUUGUCUCUUCAAACAAGAAGAAAUGAUAGUGAUCAAGCGACAUCGUACUUUACUGUUCUUAGAUUUCAUCAUAUUUAUGAGAAAGAUGAAAGUUCUAUUUUCUCUGUUCCAGUAACGUUGUAUCCAGAAUCCAUAUUUUCACAGUACACUCUUUCGCAAGUGGCAGAAAAUACUCUUUCCUUGAAUGACAUGAUUAAGAAUCGUAUGAACUUUACGAGAGUGGAUCUUGUUCCUGGAAAAAUUAGGACGUUUACAUUGUUACUCUGGAAAGAGAAUCAAGGUGAUGAUUGGUUCAGUAUUUCUUCAUUUUUAUUUGGAGCAGCAGGAAUGACUGUCAUCCUGAUGGCUGUCGUGGUCUGUAUUAGCGUUGUUGUGAGUUGUAGAAGGAAAGAUUAUGCAUCUAUGGAUGAGGUUAAUGAAUCCACUAGAUUAGCUCAACACUUUGAGCGAGAUGAAUAUGAAGAAAACACAAUUAAUUACAGUAAAUAA